AAAAAAGUCAAGAACCAGCACGGACGUUACGAAGAAGAAGAGGCUGAAGCUCCAAUGAAACUCACUUUGCCAUUGACUUCAACCCGUCAAUUGACAUGCUUUCUUUUUUUUCUUAUUUUCAUCAAACCCAAUUCGAAACUCUUUCUCAUCAUCGCAAAGAAUGAAUCUUGCAAUAACUUUUUUCCUUAUUAUUCUGACUCUUGUUCAUGGUAAUACCAACGUUAGAGUAUCUUCUUUGUCUCUCAACUUCCGAAAGCUAGAGUAUAGACAUUCAAAGGUAUAUCAGACAAGUAGCGUUUUGCCGACGCCGGCUCCGGCACGAGGACCGGGGCCGACUGAUGGUGGUUUAUUUGAUGAGAAUAGGUGUGGUAAUGAGUGCCACGGCCAAAACUUUACUGCCUGCCUUCAGAUUUCCCCAGCCGACCCCAAAGAAGCAUUUCUAUUUGUCAAGAAUGAUGGAGAGGGUCCUCAGAAAGUGAACAUUAGAGUUCCACACUCUAAGAUUACAUUCCCAGAGAUAGUACUCCAACAUGAACCCCAAAAGAUAAAUGUCUCAGCCAUUGUUGAUGGAAGUCUAUCAAUAGUAGUAAAUGCUGGAAAAGAGGACUGUGUACUUUACAUGCAAUCCUCCGGAUUUAAGAAGCUCUCUAUCUUUGGCACUCAAGGGAUUCCUGUGUAUGCAGCUUACCUACUAUUAUUAACAGUUCUUCUCGUUGGAGUUACAUUGGCUUGCCACUGCAAGUCCAGGAAAAGCAGACUGCAGGGUAAUGGAGUAGCAUAUCAGGAACUUGAAUUGGGGAAGCCAGAAACGGUUGGUGCUGAAGAUUUGGAAAAACAAGAAGGUUGGGAAGACGAUUGGGAUGAUGACUGGGAUGAGUCCAAGGCACUGAGGUCACCAGGUGCACGUCGGCUUGGAAAAGCUUCAGCAAAUGGCUUAAAUUCCAGGUCCGAUGAUAAACACAAGGGGGAAAAAAAUUGGAAUGAUUAGGCUAAAAAUUGAAUGAAAAAAUCUGCAUACUGACUUGGAAAGAAAAAAAAAGCGCACACACACAGAGAAACAGAUUUUAGAAACAAAGAAAGAUAAUAGCCUGUCUGGGGAUAAAAGUUGAGUGUUCAUUAUUCACACAUAUCAUAUUGUCAUGAUCAUAGCAGUUUGGUUUACUGAAACAAUGUGGUCCGCAAAACAAGUUUUGUUUUCCUUUCUUAUGUAAGGAUUUGCCUACAUAGUUUUACAAUUUUGCUUUGGGCUGGACCUCGCAGUUUUGUUUUUGGGCUAUCUGAGAAUUUGAUGCUUCACGCUUAAGCAUCUUGGCAAUUCUAGGGUUGCCGGACUGUUGGAUCUUGGUGUUACAGCCUACAUGUUUUUUCAAGUAAUCUCAUAUUUUAUUUUUUAAUAGAAUGGUGUAACACGUGGGAUCAUCAUUUGAUUCAUCAGGGUGCUUAAACUUUUCUUAGGGAUGUAAAAGUAAAACUCAGUUUAAUCGUUUUGUUCCAAAUAAUUAAAUCCAUUGGAAUGAUUUCUCA